AUGUUGAACUACCCAAUAAUAGUUUUAAUAUUCAUUGUUUUCAUUUCUUCAGAGACACAUCUAGAGAGCUUAUUGGAGGAUCUGGGGUUGGAGGACCGCCUCAAAGAGAAGCUAUCCCUCAGCACAAUACUUCAGAUAGACAAGAAGACCAUCACUGAUGAACCUCCCAAGUGUAACGCAGAUCUCCCAUGGUACUUCCUAAAGAAACUGAUGAUGGUUAAUGUGACAGCAAGGAAUGUGAAACGUACAUCGGCAUGUGAGUCAAGCUGUAAUAAUUCGCUGUUAAAUCUUGCUAAUCUAGUAAAAAGUACAAAUUCAGGUGACAGGCUAAACCCCCUUGACAUAAUCACUGCCCUCUUUCUGUGCUCGGAUGGUUUUGUACGGCAGGAACUGUCACUCAAAAUGUCCAUGUGUCAGUUUUCAGUUCCUCUGUUGCUUCCUAACUGUGACACAAAGCAGUGCACACUCAUGCUUUGGGCCAUGAGAGACAUUGUUAAAAAGUACAGACCUCAGUCCCUGACCGAAUCCAAGGGCUUUAUUGAAGAAAGAAUUGUUCUGUCUGAACUUCCAAUGAUAUCAUUUGUGAGAUUCGGUGAGUGCUCCUUGUCCAAGUCAGAGAUCCUCAAUAAGCUUCUGAGCAAUGAUACCUUUGUUCAUCAUGAUAUGGAGGGUGGUGACAGUCCAAGGAGAAUAUCCAAUGGACUCGUUGAAAUCUCCUGGUACCUUCCAUGUGGGAACAAAAACAUGGACGUCUUCAGUGAGCCAGUAGCUGUAGCUAACCUUCGAGGGGACAUUGCUUCAUUUCAAACACAAUUUUCCUUUUUGUGUCAGACAUCUGCAGCAGUGUUUGUGUUCUUUGACACAUUGGACUCUGAAUGUGAGCUACUUACCAACCAACAACACAAGACACAGAUAUUUUUGGUUGGGAACCAUCAAAGCAAUCACUUCAGUAUCGAUGCUCUGCAAAAGGUAGCAGCUAAGUUGGGCUUGACUAACAACAACAUCCUUUUGAAAACUAAACAAAUGAAUGAUGCAGACUUUGUCAAAACAUUGGGGGAAACAGUCAGCAACGUAGUUGAGAACUCAAAAAUGAAGAUGAGAAUUGAGCAGAUGGCUGACAUUGCCCACGAACUGGGAAUCUUGGUUGAUGAAGAGUCUUCAGAGUGCCAGACUGCCAAGAAAAAUGCAGAUGCCAUCACGACUGAAAUUCAAGAUAUCCUUCAAUACAAAGAAGCUGAGCUGCCCUUACAAGGCCAAAUAUGGAAGGAACUGACUCGCUUAGAGAAGGAAGAAUUUCGGCUUCGAAAUGUCGGAUCUAAGAAUAUAGAAGACUACAAAAGUGAUCUUCUCCUAGAGAAAACACAACUUCGGAAAGAACAGAACUCUCAUGACAUUUCAAAUGCAAUGACAUGUUUCAUCAAUGCAAUAUCAAGCCCAGAGAUAGAAAGGUGCUAUUUCCUGAAAUGGAUGCGAAUGAACCUCGAUAACGUGUCUCGAGAGAAAUUGUCUGACCUCAGGGAGCGGUACAAAGAAAAAUGCAAAAAUCCUGAAAACAAAGAAGAAAUCAAAGACAUUGACAGACAACUUUCCAACAGCUCAUUGGGGAUUGAACACUUCUUCCGUGAAAUGGGUCAGAUCUAUGAAGCUUCACUUUCCCUUCCAGAAACUGACCCAUCACGGAAACAACUACAGCAUUUGCCCAAACUAUGUGCACAAUUGUUACUCGAUGGACUUCCUCUAGAGCUUGUAGAUGGAGAAGCAUCCAACAUACCUCUCAGAUGGAUUAGUGACGUUCUUUCUCAGCUCAAUGACUUGAUGUCUCCUCAGAAUAAGAUACUGGUAGUCACUGUUCUUGGAGUUCAGAGCACAGGGAAGUCCACUCUCCUCAACACUAUGUUUGGAGUGCAGUUUGCAGUCAGCAGUGGUCGAUGCACUCGAGGGGCCUUCAUGCUGCUCAUCAGAAUCAAUGAAGAUAUCAAAAAAGAACUCAACUGUGACUUCAUGGUGAUCAUCGACACCGAGGGCUUAAAGUCACCAGAGCUUGCACAACUGGACAAUAGCCAUGAGCACGACAAUGAGCUUGCAACACUUGUUGUUGGGCUGAGUGACGUCACCAUCAUCAAUAUUGCAAUGGAGAAUUCAACCGAAAUGAAAGACAUCCUACAAAUAGUCGUGCAUGCUUUCCUCCGGAUGACAGAGGUGGGCAAAAAGCCCAAAUGUCAGUUUGUUCACCAGAAUGUGUCAGACAUUUCAGCCCAUGAGAAGAAUUUACGAGACAGGAAACUGCUGAUGCAACAGUUAAACGAGAUGACCCAGGCAGCAGCCAAAAUGGAAAAGAAAGAAGAGAACAAGAACUUCACUGAUGUGAUGGAGUACAGUCCAGACACCGGGAACUGCUACAUUCCUGGACUCUGGAAUGGAAACCCACCAAUGGCACCAGUCAAUGCCGGGUACAGCGAAGCUGUGUAUGAGCUGAAGAAGAACAUAAUCCAUGUUUUGGGAAGUUGUGAGUCAUCUGCUUAUGAUAUCUUGGAGUUUACAGAGUGGAUGAAAAGUCUUUGGAAUGCAGUAAAGCAUGAAAACUUCAUCUUCAGCUUCAGAAACAGCCUGGUGGCUGAUGCCUACAUGAAGCUGUGCUCAGAAUUCAACAAAUGGGAAUGGGAAUUCAGACAACACAUGUACACGUGGGUUACAGAUGCAGAAACAAGGAUUCGCAACUUUGGUACCGUUGCUGGGAAAUCUGAGAUAUCUGACAUGUCAGAAUGUGUCAAACAGUUGAAAAGUGAAGCUUCAACAAUGCUGUCUGAAUGGGAGACAAAGCUUAUUGAAAACCUGGCACGGUACUUCAAGCAGACAGAGGGUCAUGUCUACCUCGUUGAAGAAUACAAAGAAGGCUUUAAAAGCAGUGCUAAGAGUCUUCGACGACAAAUGGAGAGCUCCGUGUUUAAUCAGCUCACCGCAGCAGCUGACAUCAGACACGGGAUGACAGAACUUGAGAGAAUCAAGGAGAACCACACAAAAGAAUUGGAGGGGAGAGUGCGUGCAUUGAUCGCAGAAUGUCGGGAAAAAAAGGUGAAGAUGGCAGACAAAGAGCUCGACAUAGAAUUUGAUAAGAUGUGGAAAAAAACAGCAAAUGAACUAUCCUUUUCGAAACAAAAGACUACAAAUGUCAACACGUGUGUUUCCCACUACCUGAGAGACAAUCUAUCACGCAAAGGGAGUCAUGCAUGGGAAUUAUUAAAUAACAAAGAGCUGAAAGAUUGUGGACUGGUGCAAUUCAAAUAUACAGUGGACGGACUUGGCAAACAGUUUAAACACAAAGUCUGCCAGUUCUUCAACAUUGAAGAUCACAUAAUGUGUUUACAAAACAUAGCUGAUUGUAUCAUUGCAAUUUGCACACAGUCUGUGACUGAAAGAAUGGAAAUAAAAAACAAUUACCAUGACACUUACAUCCAGGAGCUCCUACACUAUAUCGACGACAAGCUGAACAAUCAGAAUGUUCAGAUAGACAUCGAGUUUGAAGUUUCCCUGAAACAGCACAUCUGUGGCUUUGCAGCCAGACAGUUUCAGAAAAUGCAUGAGGAUUACAUUCAGGCGAAUGAUCCCUCCAGAUGUCUGAAUCAAAACAAGGAAAAGUUUCGCACUGACUUUAAAGAUGUAUUCCAUGACCGAGACCAGUGCCAAAAGAAGGCAGAAGAAUUCACGCUUUGCUGCUUGAAGCCUGCAGUCGAAGACUUUGUCUCCCGGUCCCUGGGUCCUGAUAUCAUUGGAGAAAUGCUGACAAAUGAGCAGUUCAGCACACGGAUGUCCUUCCAGUACUCAGUUUUACUGGAUUUGCUUAGAAAGGAUGACUUUGAGAACUAUUGGAGCUACAUUAGCUUCUAUGAAAUGUAUGUCAAGAAUUGGAUACUCGACCAAAUAGUGGAACGCUUCUCAGAAGAGUCUACGAUGUUUGAGUUUGAGGAUCGACAUGUGCAGUCAAGUAUCAGGAUCAUCAAUGCUGCUGUCAACAAAGCCAAAACAGAAAAGAGUGCCAACUUAGAGUCAUUUGUUAAAAACGUCUGUCAGGAACUUGGUGAUAAGCUGGUCAUUUCCCAGGAUGCUCUUGGUGCUUUCAUGAUCCUGAACAAUGCCGACCAGGAGCAGUUUGCUCACUGGCUGACUGAGUGUGUGAAGGACAUGGCACAAGACCUUCAAGAGGAGUUUAAUGAAACAGACAUCCUAAUGAAACUAAUAGAUCUUCGUGUGAAGCCUCAGAACGAGCUUUUCACCAAACUGAUUGGAUGUGGUAACCAGUGUCCAUUCUGCGCAUCGCCUUGUGAGGCAGGAGGACAAGAACAUAGCGAGCACUUUGCUUCACUACAUCGGCCGACAGCUCUGGGUCAAUACAGAUUUGUUCUCUCGAAGAAACUUAGCACUGAUAUAUGCUCCUCUCUUGUGAUCACACCAGACAGCACUUUUCGUUGUGGUGCUACAAACGGGGAAUUUCACCACCACAAGGAUUACAAAGCCAUUUUCCCUGACUGGAAAAUCCCACCCGAUGGAAGCCUUCAGGCAUCAGACUACUGGAAAUAUGUACUCGCCAAAUUCAACAACAAGUUCGCCGAAGCAUUCAAUGCAGAGUGUGCUGAUAUUCCUGAAAUGUGGGAAAUGAUUACACCUCAGCAAGCAGAGGAAAGCCUCAAAGAGUCUUUCAACAUCAAGUGAGGA